UGUAAUAUUUUGCUUCGAGCCCUAGAUUGAAGGAGAAAAAACCGCUCAAUCAGGUCGAUAUGUGUUUUGGUUUAAAGUUGGCAACUUUCUUUAUUUCUUCUUUUGCUUUUCUCGCAUUGCUUCCAGAUUCUGCCAAAAGAGAGGGUUUUUAUUAAUCUGGUGUAAUACAAUUUUUCGUGUCAAAUUGAGACAUUUGGUUUCAUUUGAUUGGAUUUGGUGGACUCUAUCAAUCUUCAGAUCGUGUCAAGCGUUAACUGUUUUACUGUAGGCUUUUGGGUUAUGAAUCUGUUAAAGAGAAAGCUCUUUGAUGUUUUUAGAGGUUAUGAAUCUCACUUUACUGUUUGAAUGUUGUUGUUCUUAUGAAUUGGCUACAUUUUAGAUACGCCAAUUUCGGUUUUGAAGCAACGAGUCGACUGAUUUUGUUUGGUGGAGGUAGUACUUAGCUUGACACUAACAAUGAAAAGAGUAAAAAGCGAAUCUUUUAGAGGGGUUUAUAGUUCUAGGAGGUUCAAGUUGUCUCAUUUGUUGCUGGCAAUAUCAGUAUUUUACUUGGUUUUCUUAGCGUUUAAGUUCCCACAUUUCAUCGAGAUGGUCGCUAUGUUAAGUGGGGAGACUGGUUUAGAUGGAGCAUUAAGGGAUACGGCAGAUGUUAGUUUAAGCGGGUCGUUACGCAAUGACAUGUUGCAUAGCAAGCUAGAAGAUGAAGAGAAUCAAAGUGGUCCUUCCACUACUCAGGAAUUGCCACCAGAAGAGAAGAUAAGUGGGUCUAAACCGAUUCAGCCACUUCAGUUUCGGUACGGUAGAAUAUCGGCAGAGAUCAUGAGACGUAGGAACAGAACCAUUCACAUGUCACCCUUUGAAAGAAUGGCGGAUGAGGCUUGGAUGCUUGGAACCAAGGCUUGGGAAGAUGUUGAUAAGGUUGAGACAGAGAACAACGAAGAGAGUUCUUCGGUAAAUGAAGGAACGGUCGAGUCAUGCCCUUCUCAGAUCUCAAUGAGUGGAGACGACUUGAAUAAAGCCAAUGGGAUCAUGUUGCUUCCCUGUGGUCUUGCUGCUGGAUCUUCUAUUACAAUUCUCGGAACUCCACAGUAUGCACAUAAAGAAUCUGUUCCUCAGCGUUCGAGAUUGACAAGAGGUGAUGGAAUGGUUCUGGUUUCGCAGUUUAUGGUUGAGUUGCAAGGGCUGAAGACGGGUGAUGGGGAAUAUCCCCCUAAGAUUCUUCAUUUGAACCCGAGAAUUAAAGGUGAUUGGAGUCACCGGCCAGUCAUUGAACACAAUACAUGUUAUAGGAUGCAGUGGGGGGUCGCUCAAAGAUGUGAUGGUACUCCAUCCAAGAAAGACGCAGACAUGCUUGUUGAAGGAUUCCGAAGAUGUGAAAAGUGGACGAAGAAUGACAACAUUGGCAUGGUGGACUCAAAGGAAUCAAAGACAACUUCUUGGUUUAAACGGUUUAUAGGACAUGAACAGAAACCAGAGGUCACUUGGUCAUUCCCUUUUGCGGAAGGCAGGGUCUUUGUCCUAACUUUGCGAGCUGGAAUUGACGGUUUUCAUAUAAAUGUUGGAGGAAGGCAUGUGACAUCAUUCCCUUAUCGACCGGGAUUCACCAUAGAAGAUGCCACAGGGCUUGCAAUUACAGGAGAUGUUGAUAUUCAUUCCGUUUAUGCUACAUCUCUUUCAACAUCUCAUCCCAGUUUCUCUCCUCAGAAAGCAAUAGAGUUUUCUUCAGAGUGGAAAGCUCCUCCAUUGCCUGGCGUUCCUUUUCGUCUUUUCAUCGGUGUCUUAUCUGCAACUAAACAUUUUUCAGAGCGCAUGGCAGUGAGAAAGACAUGGAUGCAGCAUCCUUCUAUUAAAUUUUCACAUGUAGUAGCCCGAUUCUUUGUUGCACUUAAUCCAAGAAAAGAAGUUAAUGCAAUGCUGAAGAAAGAGGCUGAAUAUUUUGGAGAUAUUGUGAUUCUGCCCUUUAUGGAUCGCUACGAGUUAGUUGUCCUUAAGACAAUUGCUAUCUGCGAAUUUGGGGUCCAGAAUGUGACAGCUCCAUACAUAAUGAAAUGUGACGAUGAUACAUUCAUCAGAGUGGAAUCAAUCUUGAAAGAAAUCGAUGGAGUCUCUCUGGAACAAUCUCUCUAUAUGGGCAAUCUAAAUCUUCGACAUCGUCCUCUUAGAACUGGCAAGUGGGCAGUUACAUGGGAGGAGUGGCCAGAAGCUGUGUAUCCUCCUUACGCCAAUGGACCUGGAUAUAUAAUCUCAAGCAACAUUGCUAACUAUAUCGUUUCUCAAAAUUCAAGACACAAGCUUAGGCUGUUCAAGAUGGAAGAUGUGAGCAUGGGAAUGUGGGUGGAGCAAUUCAACGCCUCGAUGCAGCCUGUGGAGUAUUCACAUAGUUGGAAAUUUUGCCAGUACGGGUGCACAUUGAACUAUUACACUGCACAUUACCAAUCUCCUAGUCAGAUGAUCUGCCUGUGGGAUAAUUUGUUGAAAGGCCGAGCACAGUGCUGCAAUUUCAGAUGACCAAAACACUGCACUAGUCAGGAGAUUACAGGAUUACAGUCUUAGCACCUCGUAGACCUUUUUUUGUAAUUUUUCCUCAUUGGUGCUGGUUAUUAACACUUAACACAAUCAGGAUAACAAUCUCUUGUUGUACAUUGGUGUUCAUUGAUGAUUUUAGGAAGUUAAUCGCAGAAAAGAGAUGUAAGCAAAUUUUACUAAAAUUUCUUUGACAUUAAAAAGGCAUUGACAAGCCAAGGUCAUUGAGCUAUUAAUCUACUAGUCGCAAUUAUUGAGAUUUGGCUUUCAUCAGAUUGCUUUCACUUGAUCAUCUGCAUUUCUUGCAUCAAUUCCCAAGCUUUUAUCUCCAGGUAAUCCUGAAUCGUCU